AUGGCGCCAACUUCCCUCAAGGCUGGCCUCCUCCUCCUCUCUCAGCUACACCUGACUCGGGCCAUGAUACUGGCCCCCCGUCAACAGGUCACUUGUAGCUUUGCAACCGCCGCCAGCUCUGGAGAUACCUGUGACUCCUUCGCUGCCGAAUGGGGCUUGACCGAGCAGACUUUUGAGUCUCUUAACCCCGGCGUCUCCUGCCCGAACCUUGUGGUCGGUCAGAACUAUUGCGUGGUCGGCACAGUUUCAUCUGCGCCGCCCUCGAGCUCCUCCUCGUCUCAAUCGAGCACGAGCUCUUCGUCUUCGGCUCUGCCGACCAAGAUCUCCUCCACUCUCGUCACCUCCACGCUUGUGUCGACCACGUCGUCAUCAACGACUUCAGACCAGCCGCAACAGACGGGUACCGCCGCCAAUUGUAACAAUUUUUACCUUGUUCAACCCGGUGACACGUGCCCUGCUAUUGAAAGCGAGUUUGGCAUUAGUAUGAGCCAAUUCAUUACCUGGAACCCAUCGGUUAACACAGGCUGUACGAACAUCAUCGCCGGCUACUACUACUGUGUCGGCGUCCCCGGCGCCUCCAAAGUGACCACCACCACCACGUCGACCAAAACCACCGGCAACGGCAUCAGCACGCCCACGCCCAUCCAGACUGGCAUGACCACCAGCUGCAACAAGUUCUACCUUGUCCAGUCCGGCGACUCCUGUGCCGUUAUCGCCACGAGCUACAACGUCCCCCUCGCAACCUUUUACUCCUGGAAUCCAGCCGUCGGCUCGUCCUGCGCGACCCUUGACGUCGGCUAUUACGUCUGUGUCGACGCCAUCGGCUACACGCCGCCGAAGACGACGUCCACGACUACGACCACUAAGAAGACCUCGACAACCUCGUCGGGCAACGGCAUUACCACGCCAACGCCCUUCGAAACGGGAAUGGUGAACAACUGUAAGAAGUUCUACCUCGUCAAGUCCGGCGACUCAUGCGCCGCUAUUGCUACUAGCCAAGGAACGACGGCUGCCAACAUUGAGAAGUGGAAUCCAGGCGUCGGAUCCACCUGCACGACUCUGUGGCUAGGCGAUUACAUUUGCGUCGGCGUGUAA